AUGGAAUCCCAACGUAAUGGAGCCACAAAACGCCGCCGGGCAACUCAAGCUUGUGACUUCUGCCGCGGGCGGAGUAUCAAAUGCAGACCUCAGACUCAAUAUGGCUCACCAAGUUUUGCUGUAGACUUGACGGCCAGCUGUCUGACAUGUCUUGAAUAUGGGCAAGAUUGUGUACGUAGUCGUCUACCCAAGAAACGAGGAACAAAACCUCGACAAAAACGUCUCGAACACAAAUCUCUUGACAACCCCACUGGCGAGGUUGAGUUGAAUGACGCGAUAAAAUUACAACUUCAACAGCGUCGAAAGGUCCUCACAACGUUGCUUGAUAUCUAUCUCGAUACAAUCCAUCCCUUAUUUCCCGUCUUCUGUGAGCGAGAGCUAUGGGUAGGAUGGAGGGAAGGCACGUUCCCCGAGAAUACCGCAGAGUACACCUGCUUCAUCACCAUGUGCGCAGUCAGUGCCCAAUAUGCACAAAAGGGUGCCCUUUUCAACGACGAAAUGAGCCAAGAAGAGAUUGCCACUUGCGCAUCUGAAUAUCGGAAAGAUGCCGUCUUGCUCGUACCAAUUGAUUAUAGCAAAAUGAGUCACCUAAACCUGAUGCGGUCUUAUGGCUUACUUGCACUUCUUGGAACUCAAAUCGGCGACAGCGAUAUGGUUCAGAAGUACUUGGGCUUGUACCACGGUAUCUGUGGAAGAUUUAGUCUACACGAUGAAAGAAGAUGGCCCUCUAGUAUCGGGACUUGUGAGAGAGAGGUACGGCGAAGAAUCUUCUGGUCCAUUUACAGACUAGAGGUUCACACCGCAUGUGUCCUAGGUCAUUACGUACGGGUGCCCGAAGCACAGUGUGAUGUUGGUUAUCCAUCUGGGUUACAUCAUCCCGCGUUUGUGCCUGGGAGAGAUGGAAACUUUGAAGAUUGGUUCUCUGGCUGGAACUAUACUACUGAUCUCUAUCGAAUACUGGAGCACGCUGUCGUCGCUUUUCGCACAAAACGUCGUUUGCAUACACCUUCCAUGGGCAUAAUUGAUCAUGCACAACGAGGUCUUCUUAGCGAGAAGUUGUCUUCGCUACAGCUUGCACUACUCCCUCAGUAUGAGAAAGCAUUUUUGCGCUCCGACGACAGCGGGAGAAACCGCUGUGGGUUUCAAGCAACAAACAUUUUCUGUACUAUUCAUCUAGUCAGGAUUCUGACUUCUCUGUCUGACGAUCAUGAUCUCGGUAGCAUAUGUGACACUGCUCAAGAGAUGAUUGAUAGCAUGAGAAGAAUUCCUCCCGAGUAUAUGCGUGCUUGUGGAGCGACUUUACUUCAACAGCUUGCCGGUGUAGGGCACAUGCUCUGCAUUGUCGCCGCUAAGGAAAAGCUAUCCACCUUUUUCCUUCAGAAGCUGAGACUUAUUCUGGGAUCAAUCGUUGACUUUCUGGACAUGACAAAGCAGCAUCAUGAGCCGGUAGUCAUGGCUACGUUUCGCCUGCGACAACAUUUGAGUCAGCUCGAGUCCGCACAUGGCACAUUGGAGGGUGGUAGCGAACACUACCCAGGUGGCUUUGAACUCCGUAUAGAGUCUCACGAGGCCGACGGACGACUGUUUGAUUAUGAAGACUAUGGUACAUUUUCCGAUUUCGGCCACGAGAUAUUCUCAGCGACAUUUCUCGGUGAUAUCGCCUUGCCACUUACAUCAAUCCACAGACAACCUUCGGCCUAUUGA